GCUGGGCAACGCAUCGUGUGGGCGUGGCUUGUUGCGAAAGAGGGCGUAACCAGCGUGAGUGACACAGAAGCGAUCAAAUCAAAGAUCGCACGGCUGCAGGGUUGGAGAUAUUUGUUUGUAGUGGAACGUUUUCAUAAAUUGGAGUCGUUUCUCGCAGGCACACGUUCACUGUUGUCACUCGGAGGUGUUCUGAAGAAGAAUCGGUGAUCAUGUGUACUUCAGCAGCUUUCGCUCGGAGUUAACGCUCACAUAUCUGGGAAGAUGUGGUUGGCAAACUUCAAACACCAGCCGAUAGAUUACUACAGAGAAAACAAACCAAGGGACGAAUAUCAGAAUACGUGAGAGCAUAGUGUGACUGUUUGAGGAUGGAAGGGAGCGGAGCGGAGCGGACCGCGCUGCGUCGCUUCGGGGACAGCGGCAUGAUGCUUCUGCCCUGGACUAAACAGAUCCUGACGGUGCUGUGGGAGCACCUCAGACUGCUGGUCCAGGUCAUCUGCUGCUCUCUGAUGACCGUUUUCCAGAUGUUCAGGUUUGAAGUCCAUCUGAGAAUUACAGACGAGACAGGGCAACACAUUCAGCACAUGACAAGCGGGUCAGGAGACCCUUCUGACAGUUUCCUGCUCUCGUCCUUGUUUGAAAACAACAAAAACAUCGUGGUCGGGGGUUCCAAUCCACUUUCCAAAUUCGGCAGGGACCCUUUUGAUGUGAGUUCCCACUCCAGAGCUGUCCUGUCCAGUCUGGUCGGCGAUGAACUCUGUUGCUCUUUAGUGGAAGACCUUGUGUCCCAUGCAACAGAGUGUCUCAAUGACACUGAAGAUCUCUAUAUCGGAGAUCACUCCAUGUGGAAACAUGGAUACGACUGGACCAUAUUAGGAGGAUCAGAAAGAAAAUGUGAAGAGAAAACCUGCACGUUUACUACACAUGUGUCCGGGUUUUCUCCAAAGGAGUUCAGAAAGCAUCAGAAACCCAGCGGUGAUCCUGAUUCGUAUAGUUCAUCUACUGAGGAUGUUCAAGCUCCAUGUCCGGUGCAGUCAGUCGGUCAGUUCUCAGACAGUGAGUUCAGCUGGGGAAGCACAGACAGCUCUUGUUUUGAAGGAGAACGAGAGGAGAAUGACAAACUCUGGGACCUUCUGACCAGCUCGACGGAUCCAUAUCACCCUCUGCACUUCAAGGCAUGUUUGUCGAGUGCAGUUAAUGAAAAAAGCAAAACACAGGUGGUUUCCAAGGCUGAGAGUCCCACUGUAUCACGGUCCACUGUAUCAACAGGCUCCGAUUCUUCCAAAGAUGAAGAUGAAGAAGAAGAGGCCUUAUGGAGGUCCCUCUCUCAGAAUGAUGACCCAUAUCAUCCACUGAAUUUCAGAGCCCCUCUUCAAAGCUCACCGGCUACACCAAUACACGAUUCGCCCAGCGACAACACACAAAAUAAAACCGAUAGACUCUUAAAAUCUCCAAGGCGCUCAAAGCCAACAUUACCGCCAAGGAAAGUCGCUCACCAUUGCUGCCACAAAUUACCCGUUGAGACAUUAUCAGUGAUGCCAUGGAGAAGACAUGUUGGUCUGACUGCUGUUCGGGGAAACCAGAGGAAACGUCCCCCUUUUAAGAAGGUGAAGUUUUCUCCCAUCGUACAAGUCCACAAGAUGCAAGCCUGGUCCUUUGCUUUUCAAGCCUCUCGUAAGGGACCGUGGGAGGAGUUUGCACGGGACAGGGACCGUUUCCGAAAGAGGAUCAGUGAAACCGAGAAGGCCAUUGGCUACUGUUUAAGUUUGUCACACAAGGAAAAGCUGUGGGCCUGUAAGGACAGCACACAGAAGAAGUAACCAGCCCUUGAUCUGCAAAAGUGGUUUCUGACUGUAAUUAUUGAUCUCAAAUUCCCCCGGCAGCUUCUAGACUGAUAUAUUGACUUAAAUUGACAUUCAUACCUCACUGCUGUGUCCCAACACACAUUGUACCUUGACUGCUAUUGAAUGUUACUACUGCUGUUGCUACAGAAUUUUUAUUUUAUUUAAUUUUUUUUGGCUAUGCCUUACAGACUCUUCAGUGUGACUGAUCACACAUAUAUUUUUUAACACAAAUUGUUGAUACAGUAUGUUGGAGUACUAAACUAGUGUUUUUUAUUUUUUAUUUAAAGAGAUAGUUCACCCCAAAAUGCCAUUCCACACCUGUAUAACUUUCUUUAUGUGAAACACAAUAGAAGACUUUCUGAAAAAUGGCAUGGUCUUUUUUCCCCCUAUUCAAUAGAAGUCAGAGGGUUGUUGUUUUGUUCAGUGGAAAUAGCUUUAAAUAGUUCAGUAACUAUCUUCUAAAUAUCUUAUGGGAUUCACAACAGAAAGAAAGUUGCACUGAUUUGGAAUGAUAUGAAUCAUUUUUGGGUAAAUUGUACCUAGUUUAUUCCAAUGUUUUUAAAUGGCAUGAAAAUAGGCUGCUAUUAUUAUUAUUAUUAUUGUUGUUGUUGUUGUUGUUGAAGAAAAUGCAAAAAAAAAAAAAAAAGUAACAAGGUCAAGUUACAGUCCACCUCAAUGUUUACAGUUUUCUAUAUAUAGAUAUAUAUUUGUUCAAAUACAUUUCCAUUAAUAAGUUUUGCGGUCAGUAAGAUUUUUUAUGUUAUUAUUACAUUUUUAAUACUGUUAAUUAAUACUUUUAUUCUGCAAGUGUACAUGAAAUAAAAAGUAUUUGUUGCAAAAUAUUUUGAUUUCUUAUAAAUGUUGGGUUCAAACAUAUCACAGUUUCUUCAAAAUUAUUAAGCAGCACAACCAUUUUCAACUCUGAUAAUAAUAAGAGAUGUUUAUUAAGCAGCAAAUCAGCAUAUUAAACUGAUUUCUAAAGGAUCACGCGAGACAGGAAAACAGGAAUAAAUUAUGUUUCAAAUAAAAUUACAAAUAAAAGUUAUUUUAAAUUGUACUAAUAUUUCACAAUAUUAGGCUACUGUUUAACAUUUUUUUUAAUGCAGUUUUAAUGAGAAACAUUUGUAUAAAAUCUUACUGACCCCAAACUUUUGAGCAGUAGUGCAUAUGUUGAAAAUGACAUCCAACACCGUACGUCCUACAAAACAGAUGCUGAUAUUGUUUGCUACAUUUGACUUCACUGAUCACUGCAGUUUGUACUUGAGAAUAAAAUAAAUGACUGCAAUCCUCUUGUU